CUGUCCACGGAGCCAAAGCAAUGAGCUGAAAGCCAGCCGGAGAGCAAAGAAAGCAGGAGACAAGAGAGGAGGAGGAGAAGAUUUUUGCAUCAUCCCUCCAGCCACUUCGGCAAGGUUGGUGAGCUUGGUGUGGGCAUUGCCCUCUGUGCCCCUGUGCCAGGAUGAUGGGCUGCAAGUCCAACUCGCUCACCUGUCUGCAAGGAGGCAAGCCUGUGCUGCCAGUGGCUGGCCCCACUGACUCCACAGCCACGCUCAACAAACUGGCCCUGGCCACAGGGGGCACAGAGAAAUCCUGGUACCGCUGCGUCUUCCCCUUUGGCAUCGUCUCCCUGGUCAUUGGCAUCGCUGCCACGUGCAUCACCUUCACCAUCAAUGGGCCGCAGAUGGACAUCGCCAAGGUGGUCUCGGUGGCCACCUUGGUCUUUGGGGUGGGCCUGCUUGUGGGUGCCAUGAUCUGCUGGCGGGCCAAGAGGAAGAGGCAGCGUAAGAAGCAGCAAGAGGCACCUGCCACCUUGGAACAAGGGGCUUUGUGAUGGAGACAGCAAGCCACGGCCCAGCAGAUAGACCCAGGUCUGGAGAUCAUCUUACCCUUUUCUUGUAAUCUGUGGCCGAGUGAGGGGAGCUGGGAAGAAGGGAGCUUUUAGAAGGCCCUCCAAGGUUUGGGAGACAAAGGAUAGCAGAACCAGAUGGUGUCAGGGGCAACUUUGCCCUCUUUUGGCUCAGUGUGAUGAGCAGCAUUAAGAACUCACCGGACAGCAUUUGGGUGCAUAUGCCGGCAGCCAAGUAACAGGAACAAGCAGUUGACUUAUCACUGGACCGUUUCCCUGCAAAGAUGUCCUGACCUUGGCUAUGCAAGCUUCUUCGCCACACAGAACUACUUGUUUACAAAGAGCUCCAGGAACUUCCUUUAAGGUGGCAGCAGAAGCAGAGUGUGUAUUCUUUCCCUCGCCAGUGCUUUUUCCAUCACGGCUGCUAUGUACAUCAUUGCUCUCAGAAAGAAUGAUAUAUACAUGUGUGUCUCUGUGUGUGUUUGUAAAAAAAGAUGAGAAUCCUGGAGUGGGAGACUGCUCCAGGGCAUGCAUCCAGGUGUAACCAAAAGUGCCCAAUCUGAUGCCGGGUGAACAAUAUGAUUUUGUCUUUCAACUGGCAUGGAGAAACAUGAUAAGUAAGACGGGGCUUCUGACAGUGGAGAAACUGGAGUCCAGCCCCUUUUCUCUGUGGACAGCCCAAGUCAAAGUGAUGGCCAGGAUUUUGAAAAUAAAUGUAGUACCACCACAUGUAGGAUGAUAGGCAAGAAGAAAUAUUCUACAGGAAAGAGCAUAGAAGCAGCCAAAAGAUGAAGGACAUUACAAGAUCUGGUGAAACAAAUAUGUUGAAACUGCAGUGGAAACAUGCUGGCUGUGGAUGAGGAGGUUUAUAAUUGAGAAAUGCAGUUUGGCACCCCUCAUGAAAGAAGAAAUGGAUCUAAUUUUUCCUUUGGUACCAGAUGCUGCAUAGUAAGAAAGUUUCUAGUGUUAGAAGCGGUUGCAAGGACUGAGUUAAAAGUUUUAUACACCUGGCUAUAAAUUCAUAGGCAUGUGCCACUAAUCCAUGCAGGACUGUAUAAAUUUCAGGUUAGUUGCACAUUAGCCAUGUGCUUCCCUCCCCUUUUUUUGCAAUCAAGCUAUAAGACUGGCCACCAAGACUAGCGCACAUUUUUCAGAAGCAGUGGCAGUGUGGGUCGUCUCACAUUGUGGCACACUUGAAUUAAUGGCAUAGCUGUGGCUGCAUCUGAGCUGUAACUUCAGAAGGAGCAGUUCACAGUGUGUCAGUUUGGCAUUGCCCCUGUUGGGGCAGGAUAACAGCCGAGCUUGGCACAGGCAUAAAAAGGAGAAAGGAAAUCGCAGACGUUGGAUCCAGAAAGGGAAGCCAAAUGGUUUGGGCUCUUGGCUUCAUCUUUCCUAGGAAAGGGAUAGGUCCAGGACAAGGAAUGUUAUACUUUCCUUACGUCUUUACACUUCCUUCCCAAACAUGGCCUUAAUUUGCCCUCCCUGGCCCUGCUUAAAAAAACAAGCGAACAAAGUGGACCCACGUCACAGCUGUGUUGCCCUGGCACUUCAAGAGAAGACUCUCUUCCCUUCUUGCACUCCACUCUGAGCUGGACUCUCUCCAUCCCUUCCCAGGCAGGCUGCUCAUGGUUGGAAAAACAGCUGCACUUUUGGCUCCUCAGCACCUGGAGCCCAUCCGACAUACGCACAUGCAGCUGGAAAGAAGUGAAACCGGACUCUCGGUAAUAAGCCUAGAAGCUGGGGAGAGGCAGCAGCCAGGACAGAGGAGGGGUGUGGGGACAGACCAGUGCCCAGGACGCAGGGUGUGCACAUACAUCACGUUUCUUGGCUGCGUACUUCACAGCACGCCGGCAGACAACCAGGCCUCAGCCAUGCCUGGCCCAGAUGUAACAUAUGUGACUGUGCAAACAGUGCAAACAGAAAGGCAGACUAAAAACUAGCAGCCCUUUUGGGAAUGAUCUGGAGGGUGACUUCCGACAUCUUGAGCAAGGAAGGUUCACAUCUGCUCUAGGUAGUAGUCAGGGCGAUGCCAUCUUCCAGGGGUUAGUCUUGGGCAAGUGUUCUGCUACAAAGAUUUUACAAGUAGGCUGUCCUCAAAAUAAAGGUAGCAUCCUCUCCUA